AUGGCGGCUAUGGUCAUCACGGACCCGGAUCCGGAUUUGGUUCCCGGAAACGCGCAUGUAGGGUCGUCAAGAGCGCUCUCAAUCACUACCACGGUCAACCACGGCUCUUCCAGUGCCGUGGCUAGCCCCGCUUCGGCUGUUUCGCCAUCAAACGACUCCACUCCCACAUCUUCAUGUUCAACAGCACCGCCAAUUGCAAUCCGGCCCAGUACUUUAACCACUAUGCCGUCGGCCACGCCUUCGAUGGGAUUGAACGGGAGGUCCAAAUCGAUCGUCAUGUCACCCGCUUCCAUGUCACAGCCCAAGGCCAUGUGCAUGACCAGCAAAGAGUGGGUCAUACCCCCUCGGCCGAAACCCGGACGCAAGCCUGCCACCGACACCCCGCCAACCAAGCGUAAGGCACAAAACCGGGCAGCUCAGAGGGCAUUCCGGGAGCGCAGGGCGGCGCGUGUGGGGGAGUUAGAGGAACAGAUGGAGGAGGAAAGGCUUAUCCACGAACAGACAACUCGAGAGUUGCAGGAUCGGAUCAGCCAUUUAGAGACCGAAACGCAGACGCUCCGGUCAAGAUGCCAGUGGCUGGAGUCAAUGCUAGAGAAGUCCCGCCAAGGUCGCGGGAGCCUGGCAGGGAAUUGGGACGACCAGACAGGUGCUACAAGCAACGAUAUCUCGGUGUCGGGGCAGAUGCAAUCACAAGCUGGGCUAUCGCACGGCAUGCGGCCACUGCAACCAGCACCGUCGAGAAACGUUACAGCACACCCGGGCCCUGUCGCCCAACCGCGGCCUGUGGCUCAGUCGUUUCCUAUCUCUCAGAUCGUCUCACCGCCAGGCGAAGGAACGCCGGUGGGCCUCACUUGCGGCGGUUGCCAGUCAAGAGGUUCCUGUGCAUGCGAGGAGGAAGUUCUACCGACCGCAGAUAUCCCCAUGGGCUGUGGCAGGUGUACCCUGGGCACUAGAUGUGAAUGCUUGGAAGAGACGUUGGGGAUAUCAAUGGCCGGGAACGACUUGAAGCGGCCACGGCGUCCAAGCGCGCCGCCGUCAACAUCACCAGAAGACAAGCGGCAGCGCUCCGAUGCUGGCAUUAUCAUGGAGACAGACUUCACGGCCGUAUUUGCCUCGCAGGGUAGUAGAGAGCCGGCGCAGUUCAUGUUCCCGCCGCCAGCUCAACCACAGCUCCAACCCAUGGCUUCAAUAGAGCCUAGGGACUCUUGCGGCUUCUGCAAGGAUGGAACAUACUGCGUCUGUGCAGACUCUAUGAUGUCGCCCGCCUCUUUACCGGCGCCUGAGAGCGAGAUCACCACACACACGCAAACACGUACUCCUCCACCGUCGGAUAAUGAUGUGGCCCCUAUUCCCAUGGAGGUUACAGCGACAGGGGCUAUCAAGCUCCCUGGGCCGCGACCACUACAAGGAAGACAAGCCAUUAAACCCACCGCACGAGCUGGCGGGUGCGGCCCCAACGGCCCCGGCACCUGCGCGCAAUGCGUCGCCGACCCUAAAUCCGGCCUCUUCUGUCGUUCUCUCGCAGCGAACUUCGAAAAGAACAACCCCGGUGGCAGCGGCGGAUGCUGCGGCAACGGCGGCCCAGGCGGGUGCUGCAAAUCCGAACCGUCACAAUCACAGCCCCAACCAGAGAUUACCGCUCCCCUCCCCGCCAUGGCGCCGUCCAGAAGACCAACAACCGGCGCCACCACCGCCGCUGCCGGACCCAACGACCUCGGUCUCAGCCUCUCCUGUGCCGACGCCUACAAGACCCUGGCCAGUCACCGGCACUUCGACGAGGCCGCGGACGACAUCGGGUCCUGGCUGCCCAAGCUCAAGGCGCUGCCGGUGCCGCGCCCGGGGCCUGUGGGAGGGCGCCGCGGCGGCCGCGAUGGGCGCGCACCGAUCGAGGUCGAGGCUGCGAGCAUUAUGAGUGUGCUCAAAGACUUUGAUGUGCGGUUCGGCAGGGGGGAGUGA